AUGGGACCUCGCUGGCGCUUGAAGCGACAGGCCAUUGUCGCAAGUGUCCUGGUCGUCACGGUCAUCUGGUUAUUGCAUUCUUUUGAAUAUCAGGAUUUAGAUCUGACCAGUAACAAUCCGCUUCUAUCGAAGUACAUUCAUCAGCAGAGUGGAAAAGGAGGUGUAUGGUAUAUUCCUCCUUCAUGGUUGGAGAGUGCUACAGCCGAACCUGAGAGCAUUGUCGAAGCGGCCAAACUAGCUUCUGAUAAAGCGCAGUCAGCGCCCCAGAGGCAGAUACCCCUCUCAAGAAUCCCGAUGAUUGUCCAUCAAACAUGGAAGAACACUGAUCCUCAGACAUGGCCUCAGCCGAUCCGUCAGAGCACGGAGAGGUGGCUCCGAGCUGUCGAAGAGGACGAGAUGGCUUACUUCCUAUGGGACGACGACGGGAUCAACCGGUUCAUCAAGCACUUCGAACCCGGACUCGAGAAGCAAUUCUACUCGCUCGCCAGUAACGUCGAAAGAACCGACGUCUUUCGCGUUCUGGUUUCGAAGUGGAUCGGCGGUGUCUACGGGGAUAUGGACACCGAACCGCUGCGCACGCCCAAGAACUGGAUCAACGCCUCGGACAUCCAGCCCUGGCGGGACCCGGAAACUGGCGCCGUGUACAGGUCCGCCAAUCCUGCCCGCGCAAUCGUCGGCCUGGAGGCGGAUUGUCCCCCCGAUAGCGACCUGUAUUGGCGGAUGGGGUAUACCUACCCCGUGCAGCUAACGCAGUGGUCCUUUGCCUGGGCGCCGGGACAUCCAAUCCUGCAGAUGUUCAUUGACCGGUUCGCUACGACUACGCAGGAGAUGUCGGGGGAGGGGUCCUCCACGGAGGGUGAGUUGGACACCGUCGAUCCGCUCAUUCUGACGGGUCCGGUUGCGUUCACGGAGGCGGUGCAGAGCUGGUUGAUGGCGACUACGGGUCUACGGUGGAAUGCGCUGACGGGAUUGCAUGAUGGUGGGAAGAGUAAGUUUGUGGAGGAUGUGUUGGUGCUUCCGAUUACGGGGUUUAGCCCUGGCAGAGGCAAAUAUGGCAACAUGGGCUCGAAACCCACCACAGACCCGUCUGCGCGACUGCUCCACCGGGCGCAGGGAUCGUGGAGGAAGUUUGAUCUUAUAGUGGAGUAUGGCAAGUUCUGUCGGACGGUGUUUGGCCGGUGCAGGGAGUGGACCAAGGUGCCCCAUACUACUUGA